AUGCAGCACUUUGGGGUGGACAACCAGCAACACGCCCUAGGUCAGCCCUUUGAUCUGUCAGGGUCCCAGAUCCCCUGGGCGGUACAGACUAUUUUAAAGCUGCCAGUAGCCCAAAUUUGGCUCUCGUCUUUAGAACCCAGAGGGUCAUGGAGACAUGCAAGUUACCAUACCACUACAAGGUACCAACUCCAGAAGUGUAGAUUUAGACACAGAUUUUAUGAAAAUAAAAUUCCACACAUACUGCUGUCCUGGGGUGUUGAGCUCUCCGCAGGUGGACUGUCCUGGGGUGUUGAGCUCUCCGCAGGUGGACUGUCCUGUGGUGUUGAGCUCUCCGCAGGUGGACUGUCCUGGGGUGUUGAGCUCUCCGCAGGUGGACUGUCCUGGGGUGUUGAGCUCUCCGCAGGUGGACUGUCCUGGGGUGUUGAGCUCUCCGCAGGUGGACUGUCCUGGAGUGUUGAGCUCUCCGCAGGUGGACUGUCCUGGGGUGUUGAGCUCUCCGCAGGUGGACUGUCCUGGGGUGUUGAGCUCUCCGCAGGUGGACUGUCCUGGAGUGUUGAGCUCUCCGCAGGUGGACUGUCCUGGGGUGUUGAGCUCUCCGCAGGUGGACUGUCCUGGGGUGUUGAGCUCUCCGCAGGUGGACUGUCCUGGGAAGGGGAUGUCUCCUGUCGGGUCUCAAGCCUAGAAGAAGCUGUGACAGUGAUGUUCAAUGUUGAAAAAGUGUUACUCAAUUUCAUCACAGAAUCGUAGAGAAAUGAGUUACAGUACUUGACUGAGUGAACAAGCUAACCACCUUAGGCCGUCAUUUAGCCCAAACAACUACCUCUUUCCCUACUGUAUUUAAUUAAUUUAUUUAUUUUGCUCCUUUGCACCCCAUUAUUUUUAUUUCUACUUUGCACAUUCUUCCAUUGCAAAUCUACCAUUCCAGUGUUUUACUUGCUAUAUUGUAUUUACUUUGCCACCAUGGCCUUUUUUUGCCUUUACCUCCCUUCUCACCUCAUUUGCUCACAUCGUAUAUAGACUUGUUUAUACUGUAUUAUUGACUGUAUGUUUGUUUUACUCCAUGUGUAACUCUGUGUCGUUGUAUCUGUCGAACUGCUUUGCUUUAUCUUGGCCAGGUCGCAAUUGUAAAUGAGAACUUGUUCUCAACUUGCCUACCUGGUUAAAUAAAGGUGAAAUAAAAAAUAAAUAAAAAAUUGUAAAUAAGAAUUUGUUCUUAACUGACAUGCCUAGUUAA